AUCAAAACAGCUAAAAUGAAAGAGGAAAAAACUCCAACUACAGCUAUCUCACCAUCAAAUACCUACAUUAUUUUUUUAUGUCAGUAUAGAGUUGGAUGAUUUUUUCAGGAAAUGGACUCAUGUACUGAGUUGUUCUUAGAAGUAGUAUUUAUGCUUUAUGUUUUAGUAGGUUAUAUUAUAAAGGAGUUAGAAAUGAUUUUCUUAGAUUUCCAUGUUAAUUACUUUUCCAGGUUAAUUACUUUUCCACACUCCUCUCUCAAAAGAAGUAAUAUUACUAUUCUCUGUUCUCCAGGUACCACCGGCUCGUAUUGACAGUGAGCCAGCCCGCAUCUUCCUCCACAUCUCCAUUAUGUCCAUACAACCCAUAGACACCCUGGGCAUGAAGAUGACCUUUGAUGCAAAUGUGACCCUCAUGUGGAGGGACAACCGCCUAGACAUGUUGAGCCUCAACUACGCGGAGACCCUCAACGUUAUCAGGAGCGGAGAACGCAUUUGGCAGCCAGACUUCCUCUUCGAGGAUUACACUGGAAGUGAGGCGGAUACCAUCCUCAGAUGGGAGACCUUCGUGGCCGUCAUGCACUCCGGGCCGUUGCCCGAUGAUGUCACAAGGGUUAAAGAAGACGAGAUAUAUCCCGGCUCAAACAAUUCCCUGAAACUUACCCAGACCUUCAACGUCAAAGUCUCGUGUCAGAUGAAUUUUGUUAACUACCCCUUUGACACCCAGCGUUGCUACUUCAAGAUCCGAAUGAAGUAUUUCACUCAAGACUUGGUCGCUUUCAAGACUUCCAACGAUGUGGUCGAGUUCCGGGGGUCUGCAAAUUUGGGAGAGUACGAGGUUGAGUCUCUGACAAUGGAAGAUGCCGAAUGGUACAACUACAGCGGCCGCAAGAUCGUCAUCAGCAUGGACAACUUAUCAGGAUUCCACAUCAGCAGCACCUAUGUCCCGACCUUCCUGAUGGUGGUCAUUUCGUACUCGACUCUUUACUUCGACCUGAACGACUUCAACGAUCGCAUCAUGGUCUCGCUGACUGCUCUCCUGGUUCUGGCCACGCUGUUCACGCAGAUUUCUGAGAUCUCCCCAAAGACCUCCUACUUGAAGCUCCUUGACGUGUGGUUCGUGUUCACCAUCUUCAUCAGCUUCUCCAUCAUCAUCAUUUUAGUGGUCAUAAACCACCUGAAUAUGCAGGAGGCCAGAGAAAGAGUGGCGCCCGUCAAAAUGAAGAGGUUUCUGUAUCCAGUACCAGAGAGGAGCCGCAAAGUAAACGCGUUCUGCCAGGUGGCCAUUCCUUCCAUCCUCGUAGCUCUUAUCAUUGCAUACAUCAUCUUCUCCACUUCAUAAGUAGCCAAUUGGAUUCUGGGUUUAUCAGUUUUAAGUUGUGAAAAUGAUUUUAUUGCUCCUUAACAAACACUGAGAGAAAAGACAGUUCAUCUAGGGGUAUAAUAUUCAUGAUAUCAACUUAACAUUAAAGAGGGUAGCCACAGUGCGAAGAAAGAGAAACUGAAUUAUUGUUGUGUGGUCUAACUCGUCUAAAAGCAACAUAUUUUAAACUAUCUUAAUUCACCUUGUUAACAGUUUGAAAAUUUUUACUGUAGAAUUCCAGUGA